CUCUCGUGUUGCAUGUAUACCGAUUCAUUUGGUGACCUUAAAAUUCACGUAAACAAAUAGUUUGUGAAUGUGUUACUCUUUCCGUGGCCGGAUAUGGAAUGACUGAAAUUGAGAUGAGUUACAAGAAGAAAUCCUUUCAGAUGUGAUUGUAAUUAUCCAAGACACAGCAACAGGCAGAAAACACACAAAAUAUCUAAUGUUCAAGUCACUUUCGAAAAUUAAAAUUCAUAACUGCGAAACGAAAAGAAUGGAAUUAAUAUUCACAAUGACAAAUAUGCCCUUUGUGAGCUUUGUAAAAAAUAUAUAAACAAAGUUAACCUAUUGUUUUUGACAGUGAUGCUCUCACGAUGGCUAGAAUAACCGCGUUCCAGAAGCCUCGCUUGAUAUGUAGGCGAGCAAAAUCGACAAGACUUGUAGACUUUACCAAAAUAUUAGUUUUAAUACUAGUUAUAAAUGUAGAAUAUAUAAAUUGUAGUCAAAAUGUAACCAACGACAAUGCAAGAGCAUUGGAUAUCGAUAUAGGUAAAAGAGUUAAAAUAAUUAAAGCAAUAUCCGGAAAGUUCUUUGGCGAAGUGUACAACAAUGGGACGUUUAGGACCGGUAAUAUGUUAUGGGACGACAUUUUAAAUAAGUGUACAGUGAAUCCAACAGUGAGUUGUUUACAGAAAAACUUCUAUUCGUAUAUAGAUAAUAAACUUAAUUACGCCGAUGAUAUAAAUUUGGGCGGUGGUGUAUGUUUUGAGAAAAAUAAAGUUGAUUUAAAUAAGUAUAGUAAAGAAGCUAAUAUGAUCUACCUCACUGGGAAUAAAGAAGACUCGGAAAAUGUUGGGCGAUCGUUUGACGAAGAAAAUGAGAUUGACGAUGACGAAAACUCAGAAUCUCCACUAGAAGAAAUAACAGACGCUUUAUACGAUAAAGGAGUGAGAUUUAUGGCAACUCAUGACCUGAAAUUAAGACUUCCCGAGUUUUUCUUUCACGGAGCUACGUUGAAAAUAUCACCAAGAGCUUUAACUAAGACUGGAGCAUUAGUACAUGUAGAUUUGGAACCUAGAGAUGUAAUGGAACACGGCAGAAUAUUUUUCCACAAAAUUAAAAAAUACAUCAAGAGAAAAUUAGUGAUGGCAGCUAUAGCUAUUGUGUUAGUUGUGAAACUGAUAGCUCUAAAGUUGGUUUUUGUCAUGCCUAUCAUAUUCGGUGUCACGACUGCAAAGAAAAUGUUCCUCAAAUUUUUACUUUUCUUAUUCCCUGCAUUAAGUCAUAUUUUCAAAUUAUGCUCGUGGUACCAUCAGAAUUAUCAUACUACGAAAUAUCAUCACCAUCACCAUUUGAUUACACAUCAUCACAAGAAUCCUCACUAUGGUCACGGCGUUUACCCAGCUUCAUCACUGGUUGUCAAACCUCACGCUGAAGGUCCACCAUCAUCAUCAGUAGAUCAUUACAAUCAAGAUUGGGAGUUAUCAGGUCCUGGACUUGGCAGUGAAUAUCUAGCCUCGGAUAUUCAUCGCAAUGCCAUAUCCAACUUUAAACCUCACAUGAAUGAUCUUAACGACAUCAACGCUUGGGGAUUGGGUAUGCCACCAGGUCAAUCAGCAAAUGUCGGAGAAUACGCAUCAAGCAAUGUCAUUCCAACUGUAGUCGCGCCUAAUGCAGCUCAUUUAUCUCCCAACACGGGCCAAAGAUUGGGGCCUAUUACUGCUGGAAGGCCUGUUGGACCGCCAAAUCCAUAUUUUCGAAAUAAGAAAACACAACAAAAAGACCAAUUGCAAGCAGAGAAAGAAGCUCUGAUCCGUGCAGCGUCUUUGGCAGCCAGAGCUCCACCGUCACCGAUCAGGGAUGAACUGUUAAGGGUUUCGGCAGCUAAACUGACGGAAACAAACCGUGUGAAAGUAGAAACCGAUCUGAUUAAGCAACAACAGCAAAUCAUAGCAGCACAUGAUCCUGAAACUCAGUCCGCGGAGAAAUUCUAUGGAGCUCUUAUGGAGCGAGUGGACAAGAUCCUUAACACGCUGGGUGCUUAUGACCCUGGCUGCAAGGACAGAGCCGUCUGUGCAUUGUAUAGGGACCCAUUCAGUCAUGCACCGUACAGCAAUCUAGUCUCAAAUGAACUUAGCAAGGAUUCCAGUGAGCUUGUUCCACCUGCGGACAGCAAGAUGGCGCUUCAUUACUACAGAUACGUUCAAGCGGCCAGGGAUGGUCAGGAGCAGAAGAAUUGUAUCACUUUGUAUCCCAACUGCAAUAUAGAUUAUAUUAAAAAAUAAAAAAGUAAGUGCCUUCGCUCAUGGCGUAACUUUAAAAAAGUAAACGCAUAAGCCCACAGAUAUACAGUCGGUUGAGUUGUCAAGUUUCCCGAAUUCAAAUAAGGCUGGUCACACAUUUUCUGUAAGAAUCAAACGGACGUAACUGACGACGUCAUGUGAAUGGCGCAUUAUUUGCUACGUGCCGCCAUCUUUGGAAAUAAGCCAAUCAGAAGGACAUAUUCUAAUAAUAUGAGCAUACUCUUACUUGCAUUCGGGAAACCUGACAUUUUACCUAUUUAUUAUAUCAGUGGCCUAAUUGGCAAUGCUUUAGUCCAUAUAUGAAGUCGUUUAUAUAUACAUUAGCAAUUUUUGUUUCAAGCGUUAGAUGCUUGUAACAAAAAUUAGGUUUGUAGAAGGCAUAAAAUGCUGGAAAAUAAGAUAACGGAACACGUUUGUAAUAAGUAAUUUCAACGAAUAUGCUUAAAUAUUAGCUCAUUAUAUAUACCUAUAUAUGCGAUUUUAUAUAUUUCUAAAAUAAAUAUUUAGAUACAAUUAAUUACAUUCUACAUUAAUAAUGAUGCUGAGAUAAAACUGUACCUAAUAUAGAUCAGAUUAAAAUGGAAAUAUAAUUUAAAUUCUAGUUACCAUAAAAAGCGCAAAAUGAAAGAAAACUGUUGAAAGUGAACCGUCAAAGUAGCUACAGCCGAGUAAGAAAUCAUAAUUACGAAUAUAUUAAUGUAGCUAUGAUAUUUCUAGCCACUUUUUAAAAUAAUCAUAUUUAAAAUAUUUAAAAAAUACAGAGUAGCUUCCUUAAGUUUCCCGCCGCCUAACAUAACAAAAAAACCCCAUUACUAUUAAGGUUAACAGAAUCGAAAUUCAAAAUCAAACAGCUCAAGUUAUUUAAGCGUCCACUACUAUGAGUUUUAAUAUGAUCAUCUAAUUACUAAUGUUACUUUUCUCGCUUUGAAAAUAAUUAUCUUUAAUUAAUUAUUAGAAUAAUGUGUAUAUGAGACAUUUAUUAUUUUUGUAUUUGAUGUGUACGUGUGGGUCUAGUAUUUUAUAUUUUUAUAAAAAAAUAUGUUUGUUAUUGUAUUUUAUACACUGUA